AUGUUCGACGUCAUAUGGACCGAUCCCGACCGCGAGCUCGUGGGAGAGCACCGCGCAAGAAAGGAAAAGAAGCGCGAACAAAAGCAAAAGCAGAAAGAAAGAGAAAAAUCCAUCGUCAGACGUUCUCAAUCUGUUCACAGCGGCCGAUCCUCAUCUGACCAUCCCUUUGGUUUCCUCCUGGGCCGGGGUUCAAAGAAGGACAAGAACAGCAUACGCUCCAAGGAUUCAAACACUGCUAGCCAUCGCAACUCGGGUUUGUCGAAUGACAUUUCUAAUGUUGGUCUUCAGGCGACGAGGGCAAAGAGGUGUUCGGGCCAGGAAACUUCGAAGCCAGAGACUUCGAAGCUCGUUCAGCCUUUGGGACCAGCUUCGUACGUCACAAGGCAAACAGAAGUAUCGUCUGUCCCUCGGACUUCUGGAUCUGACAAUCAUGACUUGUCUUCCGAGGUCUGUAUCUCAUCUGAGGCGGAUUCCGACCAGCCUGUGACGCCGCCCGAGGAAGAUAGAACCUUCCCAGGGUCGCUUCUUCGACCUGAUUCUCCAUCAAACGCUGUCCCCGGCGUUAGAUUCGCUGCUCGAACAAAGGUACCCAUGAUGAUCACGUUCAAGUCCAACGGCGCAGACAACUGGCGUCCACCCGAAGAGUGGGCAUGUCUCUCCGAAAAGGACCCCAGUGAAGACAUGAAGACGCCAACACAAGCUCUGAUAAAGACGAGUCAUGAUAUUGGCACAGACUUGGAGACGCUGCACAGAGAGGUCAAGCGUAUGGCAGCUGCAAACGCCUCCGUCGUCCUCUCGCGGAUUAAAGAGGUUUGGAGCACUGUUGACGAGAGUCUCCAUGGGGAGCUCGUCAUGGAGAAGAAGCUAUGGAUGCUAUCUACUCUGCUUCACCUCGAUCCUAUUCCGCAGAGCCCUGUUCGCUCUCUACCACCUAGUCGUGAUGCCGGAAGCGUCAAGAUCCUGGCUCUAUACGAAUCUCAAGCUAUGGCUUCAUAUCUCGCAGCGCUUUAUCCAAGCAAGAAAAUCUAUCAUCUCUCAGCAACACCGCUCUCGAACGCCAAAUUCCCAAAUGUCAACCCCGUGCUGGUCCCAUCGGUAUCUCCAUCAGCUUUCCCCGUUGCGCCGAACCUCUUUGAAACCGUCUACUCGCUCUCUCUUCCCGCUCUGUGCCCAUCGUCAGACAUACCCGCCGUGCUUAAGAACAUCAGCAAGUGUCUACGCCAAGGAGGCUCUCUACACCUGACGCUCAUCGAUCCUCUCCCCUGCGCCAAGGUUCUCGGAAACCGCAUGCGCACAUGGCUUGAAGAGCAUCUCCUUCUCAAUCUUGAGCGCAACUUUCGCUGCACGAACCCAAGCAAGCUAUUCGGAGACUGGAUGGGCGAAGCCUCCCUCCGCGGCUACGGCAGCACCAUCACAUCAACAAGAUUCUACGCGGUGUCCGAGAGCGUCAAGAAGAGCCGAUCAUCCGAGGAGAGCAGCGACCCCUUCAUCGACAGGGUGCGAGAUGACAACGAGGUCAAGGCGGAGCUUAGGUGCCUCGUCGGGCGGAUGCUGUGGAUGGAGGUCUGGGGAGAUUAUGUCACCGGCGACACGUGGUGGUGGGAGGAAGAAGACUGUGUCAAGGAGUGCCUCGAGUUGGGUACUUUUUGGGAGUAUAAGAUGAUUGAGGGCUUUAAAGACAAGGACAUCUAG